AUGGGGCAAGAUUCACGCUCGCGGAAGGCCCGUUUGCAGCAGGUACUGUCGCAAAUCUGUGAUAAAAUGAAUUUGCAAAGUCUGGCAUUGCGUUAUCACAAUGCGGCAAUGGCAUAUGCUGCGCGUGCCGCUGACUACGAUUUGCAGUAUCGUUGUUUACUGUCGAAGCUACAUUUCUCUGGUGAUCAGCGUCUGAAAACAGCAAUUGAACUGGUCCAUGCGGCUGCAAACUUAAAAGAUCAGCAGGCCCUGUGCGAAUCGAGAUUCAUAUUAGCCCAAGAGAAAAUCCGAGCUAAGGAUUUUGUUGGCGCGAAAUGGGACCUUAUUUCGAUGCUAGCUUCAGGAGAGCAUGAAAAACUGGAGGAAGACGAGCGAAGUACUUUCUUCCAAAUGCUGAUUAUGGGCAAGUUUUUCUUUCGUCAUCCACGUCGUUCUACAUCAAUUUUUUUUGGAGCUGUUGCAGCUUGCUGUCUGUAA